UGAUUAUUUUUCAACAAAAAAAAAAAGGUAAAAAAAAGAGAGAAUAUCCUCGAAAAAGAAAGUAGUCCUAGAAAAUUUCUCAUAAACAAAAGCAAACCCAGCAGGCAGCAGCCAUAUCCUCUUCGUUUUCUGGAUUGGCCCAUUUCACUUUCAAUCCUUUUCAUCACAUCAAAUAUCCACCAAUUAUUUUAUUAAUUCCUCAUUUCUCAGAAGAUAAACUGUAAAUCUUUUUCUUAAUUUUUUUGUGUGUUAAUUAUUGUUUAAUCUGCUUUUUUCGAGGGUAUAAUAAUGAUAGAUUAAUGGUACUUGUCCUAUAAAUCUAUAUACACUAAACUUUUCACUUUCUCUCUCCUAAUUUCUGGACUUGAUCAACAUUUCUAGUAGUCAACUAAAAGAUGGGUGUCUACCUUAGCACACCUAAGACUGAGAAAUUCUCCGAGGAUGGUGAAAACAGUAAGGUUAGAUUUGGAUUGUCUUCAAUGCAAGGUUGGCGUACGACCAUGGAAGAUGCUCAUGCUGCCUUUCCCGAUCUGGAUGAUUCAACUUCAUUCUUUGGCGUUUAUGAUGGUCAUGGAGGUAAGGUAGUAGCCAAGUUCUGUGCGAAAUUCCUUCAUCAACAAGUGCUUAAGAGUGAAGCAUAUUCUGCUGGAGACUUAUCAACAGCUCUGCAAAAAUCUUUCUUUAGAAUGGAUGAAAUGAUGCGUGGACAAAGAGGGUGGAGAGAGUUGGCUGUUCUGGGUGAUAAAAUAAACAAAUUCACUGGAAUGAUAGAGGGGCUAAUAUGGUCUCCAAGAGCUGCUGAUGGCAAUGGGCAUGAUGAUGAUUGGGCCCAUGAAGAUGGGCCUCAUUCAGAAUUUUCUGGUCCUACUUCUGGAAGCACUGCUUGUGUGGCUGUUAUUAGGGGAAACCAACUUCUUGUGGCCAAUGCUGGUGAUUCCCGUUGUGUAAUCUCCAGAAAGGGUCAGGCUUAUAAUUUGUCUAGAGAUCACAAACCUGAACUGGAUGCUGAGAAGGAAAGAAUAAUAAGAGCUGGCGGGUUUAUCCAUGCAGGACGGGUAAAUGGCAGUCUGAACCUUGCAAGAGCUAUAGGUGACAUGGAGUUCAAGCAAAAUAAAUUUCUUCCUGUUGAAAAGCAAGUUGUAACAGCAAAUCCAGACAUUAAUGCGGUUGAACUUUGUGAUGAUGAUGAUUUUAUGGUGCUAGCUUGUGAUGGCAUAUGGGACUGCAUGUCAAGCCAGCAGCUUGUCGACUUUGUACAUGAACAAUUGAGCACGGAAACUAAACUAUCUGCAGUUUGCGAGAGAGUGAUGGACAGGUGUUUGGCCCCUUCAACUGCUGGCGGAGAAGGCUGUGACAACAUGACAAUGAUCCUGGUUCAGUUCAAGAAACCCAUACAGCCAAAUGCCCCUGCAUCUACAAAUGAGGAGCCAUCACCAUCCGAGCCAAGCCAGCCCGUGACUGAAGCUGAUAAUUCCAAACAAGAACCAGAACAGACUGAAGCAAGCUAAUUUGAUAAAUCACAUAUAACAUGCAGAAUUGUUCGCUGUUAAUUUUUCAGGUUGUUGUAAAUGAAGCUGACUCAACAUGAAGAUAUGACUCAACUGCUGGUAAUAUACAUCUGUUCUACUAUGGUGCAUAUAAUGAAAAACUGGAGCUUAAUAGGAUGUACAGAUUUUUGGUGUUAAUCAUGUUCUUUCCAGGAUUAGGAAAAUAUGCAGACUAUUUAUUGACGCUGAUUACUACAUAAUGUCUUCUUGUUUGUGGUUAUUCUCUUUUUUUUCUGCUGUUUUUUCAAUGAUAUAACCUGUCAAAGUGUCCAAGUGGUAGACUUGACUAUUUAGGAAGACUUCCAUGAAUAAAAUGUCGAGCAUUCAUUCU